UGCCUUGACUUAUAAUGUCUGAACUGAACUAUCUCUGUAAGUAGGGUCUUUCAUUCGCAUACGGUUCAACAAUUCUUCUUUGUUCCGCGGUACUAUUGUCGACUUCUAUUCAUGUUGGGCCCCGGUUUCCUUCGCACAGCGAGAUGUGGGCGUAGAAAGGAUGUCUGCGCUUGUAUGUGAUGGAGGUUGCUGCGUUACAUCUUUGGUGGUGACAAACGUGUUUGUUGUCAGUGGGAGGUUUACGUGUUUGAUGGAUUGGAUGUAAACGAAAAUGGACCAGAACAUCCCAAUUGACAUUCAUACGAACAAACUGUUGGACUGGAUGAUAAGCAGACGACACGUGAAUCGCGACUGGCAGAACCAUGUUUUGACUGUAAGAGAAAGAAUAAACAACGCUAUUCAAGACAUGCCUGUUCAUGAUGGAAUUGCGAAACUUCUUUCAGGAUCCUACAUAAAUUACUUCCACUGUAAGAAGAUUGUGGAGAUACUGAAGGAGACAGAGGCUGACAGCCGCAAUUUUUUUGGAUCGUACGGCUCGAAGCGCAUGAAGGACUGGCAAGAAGUUCUGCGCCUGUACGAGAAGGACAACGUAUACCUCGCAGACGCCGCCCAGAUGCUGAUACGUAAUGUCACCUAUGAAGUUCCAGGCUUGAAGAAGCAGAUUGCCAAAUGUGGAGAGUUGCAGGAGGAAUGUGACAAGAAGGAAGCGGAAUACAUUAAGGCGGAGGGAUCCUUGCGUUCGGAGCUCGCCGCACAGUGCCGGCAGCUGGGCAUUUCCGCUCCCGAGGCGAAGUCCGGGUCGGGUGACGCCAAGACGUGGAAGGCGACGCUCCGCUCCGAGCUGGUGGAGAGGUUGUCGGAGUUGCCACGCGCGAACGCCCAGCUGGCUGCGAAGACCGCAGCACUGAAGGAGGCCGUCACCUUCUACAAUGAGUUUGUCAGCUUUGUGGCACCGGGCUGCAGUGAGAGGCUGCAGCUGCUCAAGCACAUUAUAGACCAUGGUGAUACAACAACUUACGAGUGGACGUACGGAGAGCCUCCAGUCCAGGUAGAGGAGCCUGUUCUCGAUUUUGGGCUGGAGGAUGAUACUGGCAAGUCUGGCGCAGGAGACACUGAAAUUGAUUUUGGAACUGAGGGUGGUAUUGAUUUUGGAGACCUGGAAAAUGGUAAUGCUGAUGCAAUUGACUUUGGUGAAGCAGCUGUAGAUGAAACUGGAGGAAUUGACUGGGGAAACAUUGACACAGCUGAAACAGUUGACAAUUCUGAGGAAAUUGAUUUCAACAUUUCACUAGAAGAAUCUGGGAUAGUCGUGGAGGCAACUGGUCUGGAAGGUGGAGUGGCCCGGGGCAAUGAAGCACUGACCGUCCUCGACAAUCCUCGGCUGAGGAAUCAGUUCAUCGAUGAAGUCAUGGAGCUCCAGGCCUUCCUGAAGAUUCGGCUGUUUGAGAUGCGAGAUGACUCCGUGCGUGGUGUGCAGCUGACACAGCUCCAGAAUGUGCCGAUGUCUGUCCAGCUGCAGUCGUCGGAAACAGUCGAGAAGAUGCUGGGCCAGGUCGCUGAAGUGCUAAGCACUGCUAAUGAUCCGAAGAUCAGGCACCUCUGCAAUAUAAAGCACUCAUACAGGUAUGUGGACCGACUAGUAGAGCAGCUGCAGCACAAGCUGAGGCUGGCAGAGAAGAUGGUGGCGCAGCAGGCGGCGGCCAGGCAGAAGAAGGCGGAGGCUGCCGAGGAGGCCCGGGCGUUGCAGCCCAAGCUGAAGCUCAUCAUCGAGAAGACGAAGGAACUGCAGAAGGAGAUCCAGCAAGACAUUUCAAAACGUUACAACAAUCGCCGAGUCAACAUAAUGGGUGGAGUGAACCUUCUAUAACCUAUGCAUAUUAAAGGAACAAAAUACAAUAAAGAUAAAUAUAUUUUUGUCCUA